GCGCACCCGCCCAAUCAAUAUAAACCCAGUCCAAGGCUCUUUCGCCAAGCGUUGUUUAUUGAACAGAUCUUGAAUGUCUUCGUUAUUAGGCAAUUUGCAAUCAAUUGCAGAGCAACAACUGCAAGUUCUAUGGCAGAAGGCCGGGCCUCUCCUCCAACCAUUGCUAGAGAAUGAACAAUGGAAGCCAUAUGCCAUUACUCUUGGUGUGCUCGGGCCACUUUCUUAUAUUUUCUACAAAAACUACAUCGACAACCUAUAUCUCAAUCCAUUGAACCGUCUUCCCGGACCACCAAUUGGUUGGGAUGCUCUUUUCAUGCUUGGUAACUUCAGGUCCAUCACUGUAGCGGAGACAGCAAGACCUCAAUUAGAUUGGACAGAACAAUACGGAGGCAUCAUUCGAUACUAUGGGCUCUUUAAUAUCCCAAGAGUGAUGGUCUCCGAUCCCGAGCUUUUGAAACAAAUCCUCGUCACACAUCAAUACGAUUUCGUCAAGCCAAAGGAGCUUGCUGAAUUCAUUGGUCGAAUCCUUGGCGUUGGUCUUUUGGUUGCAGAGGGAGCGGAACAUCGUCAUCAGCGCAAGAUGUUAAAUCCAGUGUUCUCUGUCAAUGCCAUUCGUGGCAUGGUGCCGGAUAUGUUUGUGCCAGGAAAGCGUCUUGUGGAUUCUUGGACAGAGGAGUUGAGCGACGGAGCGAAAGAAAUCAACAUUUUGAAUGGUCUCAGCAGAGCAACUUUGGACGUUAUCUCCAUCAAUGGAUUUGGUUACGACUAUGCGUCUUCCGUCCCAGGAGCUCCACCAAACGAUCUCAAUGAAGCUUAUAACCGAGUCUUUGCUGGAUCGGAUACUUUCAUUCGAAUUCUAUUUGCCAUUUUCCCUUUCAUGAGAAAGUUGCCCCUGAAGAGAAACAUUGAGUUCCGAAAGGCUAUCAAGACCAUUGACACCGAAAGUAUGAAAUUAGUCACAGAGGCUCGCAAGCGAUCCAGUGGUGAGAAGCAUGGAUCAGGGCGCAAGGCUACCAGAGACUUGCUAUCCAUUAUGACUAAAGAGAGAGAUGAAGCUAGCGGCGAAGGCAUGGACGAUAACGCUCUUCAGGCACAAAUCAUGACUUUCUUAGCUGCUGGACACGAGACAACAAGUGUUACUGUUACAUGGGCACUUCAUGAGCUUUCUCAACAUCCUGAAAUUCAGGAUCAGCUUCGAGAGGAAAUCAAGUCUGUUUUCUCCAACAUCAAUUAUGAACAUCCCUUGUUCGCAGACCCAAUUGGAGUGGAUGAAAACGAAUUAGCUGGAGCCAAUGUUCCAAGCUUUGAUGAAAUCAAUAACCUUCCGUUCCUGAAUAAUGUAGUCAAGGAAAUCCUACGAUUAAUUCCUCCCGUACCUAUGACCAAUCGAACUGUGGAGAAAGACAUUGUGGUUGGUGGCUACCUUUUCCCUAAAGGUGCCAGAGUCUUUAUUCCACCUGCCGUGACUCAACGUAUGACGUCCGCAUGGGGUGAAGAUGGCUUGGUUUUCCGUCCUUCACGAUGGGACGAACCUCUUGCACAGGCUGCUGGACCGUAUACCUAUAUGCCAUUUUUGGCUGGUGGUCGUCAAUGCAUCGGUUAUCGCUUUGCGCUAAUCGAAAUCAAAAUUUUACUUGGAGUUUUGAUCAACGCCUUUAAAUUUACUGCUAAGCCUGGAGUUGAGAUCAAAAAGCGUCAAGCUAUCACAUGGAGACCUAGCCCUGACCUCAUCCUGUAUGUUGAACGAGUAUAGUAUUUAGACAAUGUAUCAUUUUAUAACAUAUUGCAAAUCAAACUGGAAAAGAAUAUCCUAAGCAUUAGGAAAGAAAAAAUA